CGACUUGCAAAGAUGGCGCUGCACGGUGGCGCGCGGGCUCUCUGUCGAGCAGUUGCCCUGCUCCGCUGUAGCAAAAUGUGAAUGCAGCUGAAGGACGGUGGCACGGGAAUGAGUCGGCGAAGGAAGCAUGCGGACAGCCCUGCCCGGAGGAGCACGCCGCACAGGGCGGCUGCUAAGAACUGCCGCCCGGCGGCAGAGCCGUGGCUGCGGGAGUCCAGGGCGGCCUGCAGCUCCCAGCUCCGCCGGGCGGGAACGCGGUCUGCGCGGCGGGCGCAGCGGCAGGCAGCGGCUGACGGCGGGCGCAGUCCCCGGGGAAAGGAGACGCCAGUACAAAUCGUGAAAAUGGAUUUAUUAUCCUGUACCUUCAGUUCUCCAAAUGAUCCAGAUGGACAAACUGAUAUCUUCUGGGAUCAAAAUUCUCCAAUGACAAAGCAGUUAGGUAAAGGAAGAAAAAAGCAGAUUUCCAGUGCAUACAGUGAUGAGAUUUCACAUAUUGUUAACCGUAUUGCUCCUCAGGACGAGAAACCAGUGACAAAUUCCAUGCUGGGAGUAUGGAUUGGUGAAACUGCUAUUCCUUGUACUCCUGGCGUAGCAAAAGAGAAGUCAAGAGUGAAAGCCAGCUGCACAAAAUUAAAAACAAAAAAUCGAGAAAAAGAACUUAUGAAAUUGGCCCAACAGUUUGAUAAAAAUAUGGAAGAACUUGAUGUGAUCCAAGAGCAAGAUGGGAAGAAUCAUGAUUUUAUCCAGAUGACUUCAAAAAUGGGACAUUUAGAUAACCAUAAAGAUUCUGUGCAGAAGCCGUCAGGUGAUGUAGUUCCUGAAAUCACUUGUACUCCUGUGAAGAAGCAAAUGAAAGGAGACAGUAGAAUAUCCUUGGCAAAGGCACAAGACAGCAGUCAGAAACCCUUUGACCAAAAUGUUGAAGCAGCCUUUAAUGCUAUAUUUGAUGGUUCCACUCAGAUGUGUAGUGGACAGCUAAGCCAAGAUCUGUUAGAUGCUUUUUUGAACAAUAGUAAAACUUCCUUGAGAAAGAAAAAUGCCUUACUACAAGAGGAAAUAAUUACUACUGAAACUUUGCUCACUGAAAACCUGCUAAAUAAAACUCCAAUAUCACUUUCCCCUCAAAUAGAUACUACCGUAAUACUAAACUCAUGUGUGACUCCCUGUCCUAAGACACCAGCAGCACCUGAUACACAGCUUGAUGAGUUGACCGCUAAUGAUUUUGAGGAUGAUUGGGAAAGCUUACUAGGCAGUGAACCCUUCCUUAUGGAAAAUGCUGAAAUGCUUGAAUUCGUUCCUUCUACAACUGCCCAAGAUACUUGUCAGAAGGCAAUUUGUACCUCAGUUGGUGAAAAUGAUACAAUCACAUCAAGAACAAAUAUGAAUCUAGGUGGAAGGUUAAGAGAUUCAAAAGUAACACUGGAUCUUCCCUCAAAGACACGAAACGGAGAGCUAAGAAAUGCUGGAGAACAUAGGUUUUCAUCACAUCCAGGUGAUGAAUCAAGGAAGGUACCAUUCACAGGAAAUAAAGUGAGUUUUGAGAAAUCUGUCACUAGCAUAGUUAGUAAAGAUGAAGAUUAUGUUGCUGUCUCUAAUCUUGAAAAAGUGAAAGAAGAUAGUCGCAAUAAGUGCAUACUUAAUAAACAUUCCUCUAACAAGUCUAGUUCGUACACAAGGUAUCCUAGUAAACAAAGUUCCGAGCUUGGUGUUAAUCUGCCUUUGCAAGUACCCACUACUGAUCCAUUUGAUUCUGUGUUCUUGGGCAAAGAAAAUAUUGUGUGUAGCACAAAUCAGUCUCAUGGAUCAAAGUUGAAUUCUUCCUUUGACGACUGGAAUGAUCCGCUGUUGGCCAGUGAAAUGGUUGAAGCAUGCCAUCGGUUAGAGGCUACCUGGGACGCAGGCGAGGUAGAUGAUGAUUUGUUCUGUCAGGCUUGUGAUGACAUUGAAAGACUAACUCAGCAAGAAAACAAGGGCAGCGAGGAGUCAGAGAGUGUAAGUUAUACUUCCACUCGUGGGUCCAGAAGUAGCUCUACUGCAUCUAAACAAGCAAGCCAGUCGGCGCCAUCUAAACAUUGGAAUGUUGUCAGCUCUGCAGUGCCAUUGUCUUUAGCAAAUAAAUCACAGAUGAGUAAGCCAGUGACAGUACAGAAAAGAGGCAGAUGUGGAGAUGGGCCCAAUAUUUUGGAUGCUACAAAUUUGUCUGUGUGUUCUAAGAAUUCAAGUGAUAAUAAGCGUGGACCAGUACAAGUGAAUAGCUCAAAAUUUGUUCUUGGAGGAAGUUCAAAUUUGAAUGUAAAUUUAGGUCUUAUGAGCACAAAAAUUGCUACUAAUAUGAAGUUGAGUACUCAGCAGCUAUCCCACAACAGCUUAGCAGAUACAGCUCAGAAUGACAACAAAAUACUGAAGUUACCAAAAUUCACAUUUAAGAAGAAAAAUCCUCAGUUAAAUCAAAAUCAUCUAGUGGGAAGUGUGCCUGUUGGCAAAAUCUCAGAGGAUUUAGGAAAAAGGGAAACUGUCAAUUCAUUGCUUGAAGCUAAUCAGCAGCAAUCUUCAAUAAACUAUUCUGAGUCUUUGAAACCAUCUUCCCCAGAUGAAGAAGAGAGAAAUAGGAAGUAUUCUCCUGAAGAAAUUCAACGAAAAAGGCAGGAAGCACUGGUUCGAAGAAAGGCCAAAGCUUUGCAUACUGUGCAGUCAGCUCCCAUUUCACUGCCUUGAUGAAAGUCGAGUUAGAUGGUUUCACAACUAUUAAUAACUAUCUGUGAUAGGACUUUUGUUCUGAUUUCUCUGUGAGAAAUGUAAUACUGACUUAUAAAGCCUGAGCUUCUACUUUAUUAUUUAAUAAAUCAAUGUUUACAGUGGUAAAUGAAACCUUUUCAGAGAUGUAUGUGAAUUAUGUAUAUAAGUUUUUGAAAAGUUAGCAGUUAUGUAUAUACAGAGGAAAGUACUUGUCUUUAUUAAAUGGUAGCAGAUGAGCAUCGAAAAUAGCUAUAAAGCUUCUGUCGAACGAAGGCUUUCUCUAGCACAAAGAUUAAAAUUGCUAAGUAAACAACAACUUGGUUUUUUGUGUCAUUAUCAGUUAAGGUUUUUUAUACAUUGUCAAUUUUUAACUAAUAUUCCCAUAGUCUAACUGGUCUUGCUGAAAAGUAGAGAAUUUCUUUUUAUUUUCAAAAAAAUUGUGUUUAAUUGCUGCCCAGAAGUAGCUAACUUUAAUAUUUCUAACAUGUGAUUCAAUAGGAAAAUAUUUCACUGUUAGGAAACCCACAGACUAGGCAUUAAGUCUAGUUUAGCAAAAAGAAAAAAAAAGCUUUAUUAUGUAAGUAAUAAAGCAUCGUUGACAUUUAGAAUUGGUAGAAACAUCGCCUCUGGUCGAGCUUCUCUAUCAUAUAGGUUAGACAGAACAAUUCAAGCUGUUCUUUUUCUUUGUGUACAUGUGUGUUUGAGUCAGGGUCUUGCUCUGUGGCCCAGACUGGCCUUCAACUCUCUCUGUUACCCAAAUGGCCCCACACUAUCAGUGAUCCUCUUGCCUCAGCCUCCCUGUGCUUUUAAGUACAGAUGUGUGCCACCAUGCCCAACUUACUGUGCUACUUUCAGAGUCACAGACAAGGUCAGCCUGUCCUUGUGUGAGACAAUCUUAACUGUUGCAUGACUUGCUUCAGUCUGUUCGUACUUAAAAUAACUGGAAGGCACAGAAACACUUUAAAGUACAUUAAAGGCUGCUUGUUAGCAGUACUUACAUACAUUCUUUAUCUUAAAGAACUAACUAAUCUUUCCAGGAUUCAAAAUUAGACUUUCUAUUCUCACUUUUCUUAUCACUCUAAUUUCCCUUCUAAUUAAUUAUUUAACUUAAGUGUUUUUCCCUCUGUCAUCCCCCCCUCCCUCCCCUUUUGGCUUUUAAACAAUGAGCCAGUAAUAAAGCCUUUAAACUAAAGGGGGCGGGGGUGGCAGUAAGGAUGCUAGUAGUUUUUUAAAUGCUUUUUAAAUAAUAUGAAGAAAAUUAUAGAUAUGAAGUAUUCAUUUUGAUCUGAUGUUCACUACUGUUCAGGUGUCUUAGAGCUUUGACAAACUGAUAGUUAUGUAUCAUUUUUCAAAUGUUAUUUUUAUAUAUACAGUAAAACAGAUUUUAGUUUCCCUGUAUUAUCAAAGAGUAUAUUAUAAAGACCUAAAUAAAUGUUUUAAGUUAUUAUGUAA